GUUCACAUGUAUGAAAUGAGAAGACCAUUAUCUGAAAAGAAUUUAGGAAGGUAUAUAGGAGAAUAAUCGAGAGCAAGUUCAGCUAGUUAAAUAAAAUAAUUAGGUCAAAUGAAGAGUUCAACUUAAUUGAGCAAAUAAUAAAAUAAUCAUUAAAAAGAGAAUAUGGAAAUACGAUCUAAUUAAUAAGAGAAUAGUAAUAGGAAGGGGAAUACAAAGGACAUGUUUGAAUAUAGAAAGUUAUAAGAUAAAUUGUCAUAUUUGGAGUAAAAGAUCAUAAAUAUAAAAACUCAUAUUGAUAAUAGUUAAAGAUAAACAAAAUAAAGUUUAGCAUCAAGAUUUUUCAAUACAAAAAAUAAUGAUUAAUAAUAGUAAUAAUAGUAGAAGAUAAACAUCCCAAAGAUAAGUAAGAAUGAUAUUGAUUUGAAUUAAAUGUAAAAUAAAGUAAAGUCAAAUACAUUAGUAAAUGAUCCUCGAUUAUAGAAUGAUAAUAUGAAUAAAAAACCAUCAUUAUCAACAUUUGUGACAUAAUAGAAGAUGAGUAAUGAAGUAAGUGUUUAAAAGAUAAUAUAAAUUCAUCCCGAAUCAGCUAAAGGAUUAAAUUAGAGAAUAGCAUUUACAAAUAAUCAUAGAGAAAGAUCAACAAGAUCAGAGACUUAAUUUCUAUAUUAUAUAUCUUCCGUAAUAAGAUGUUAUAUGACACCAGAAAUAACAAAAGCAAUAUAAUAAGUGAGAGAGCAUUUAGUUUAAUCAAUAUCAGCUGCUUAAUAUAGUAAGAUGAUGAAUUCUUAGUAAUAUGAGGAGAAGAGAGUGAAUCUUCCAUCUAUAUCGUUAAAGAAAACGAUAGUGUUUGAUUUAGAUGAAACUCUAAUUCAUUGUAAUGAAUCAAUAAAAGUACCAGGUGAUGUAAUAUUACCUAUAAGAUUUCCUACAGGAGAUGUAAUUGAAGUAUAUAUGAUAUAAUAUAUAUUAUUAGGCAUCAAUUAAUAUUAGACCUUAUGCUUAAUAAGUUUUAUAAACACUAAGUAGGCAUUUCGAAUUAAUUGUAUUUACAGCUUCACAUUCUUGUUAUGCUAAUGUUGUUAUUGAUUAUUUAGAUCCAACUAAAUAAUGGAUAUCACAUCGGUUCUUUAGAGAAAGUUGUGUAUAAACUGAAGAAGGUGCAUAUAUUAAAGAUCUAAGGUAUUAUCCUUAAUUGUUUUUGCUAGAGUUAUUGGAAAUAGACUAUUAUCUGAUCUAGUUUUAGUAGAUAAUGCUGCAUAUUCAUUUUGUAUUUAACCAUUAAAUGGUAUUCCCAUUCUUAAUUUCUAUGAUAAUAAAUCUGAUCAAGUAUCAAUCUAAUUUAUUUAACAUUAGGAAUUAUUAUAUUUAUAAAAUUAUUUAAUGGCUAUCAAAUAUGCUAAAGAUGUAAGAUAGUUUAAUUAGCAAUAUUUGAAAUUCGAUAGAUUUCAAGAAUUCAAAGAUCCUAUUUAAUUAUUAGAAACCCUGUUUAAAGAAUAUAUACCAUGA